CAGGUUCUGGUGUGGAGGACAAACUUUGAUUCUCUGGACAUGGGGAGAUCUGAGGGCCCGCGGAGAGACCCGCCCCCUCUUCCCAUCGUCACCAAUCGUCACGAUCUUCCCCUCCUCACACCCUACUUCAAACCCACAUCAGAUUGGAUGCGAGGAGAACGCCAUUGUGACACGGUGUCAGCCCCGCCCACUGUGACUAAUGUUGUGGGCCUCGGCUUUUCCCACAGACCACACCCCUCACAUCCUCCCCCUCAACACCUUCACAGGAAGACAGAAGUGAUGAUGGGGCCAGUCCCCAAACCACACCCCUUG